UGCAAAAUGGCGACUGAUGACUCCGAGUACUACGGAUAUUAUUCGGUCCGUAAUCCCGAUGAAGACUUUGUUCUUCACGGGCAAACGGCGACAGUCAGGGAGAAACCUACUGACUAUCUAUCAAAUUCUCAGAAGACCAUGACAACGAGAGCAUUAUCUCAAAAUACCAUGUACAACCCAGACAACUACAGACCAUCAAGUCGUACCUACAACGCAGAUCGUCUGGAUGAAUUUUCUCUGGACUUUUCCGGCCUGAACGGUGGCAUGAACAGAAGUUUGUCAAAGAGUGUAAGUUUUAGAGAUAGAAGAGAUGACGAUGUGGAUGACUACGAAGAAGAGUUGCAGAGGUUGAUAGAGAGAAGUAGUCGACAGGAACAGGCAAUUGAUGACAUUCUCGUUGGGCGAUCUUUAAGUCAUGGUAAACGUCAAUGGUUUACUCAGCCAAUACAUUUAACGAAAAGCAGUGAAUAUCCAGUUUUUCAAAGUGCUGGGCUAGAUGUAAGUGAUACAAGGAAAUCUGACCGGGAUAGUGGAGCUCUUGGUACAAACCUGGCAGCUCGGAAACUCAUAUCAGAAAGUUUUGUUGAUCACGAUGCUCGGAAGUCAUAUCCAGUCACGCUCGGAAAUACUUUGCCAAACAUGUAUCGUACUUUCAGCCCUCCUCCGUCCUUGAAACCAUCACGUUCUAGGUCAUUACCGGUGUCAUCAAGGUCCACACAUCGACCUAAGAGUGCAUUUGUAGCAUCGGAUCCGAGAUUACGAGCUUCCAAUGACUAUUACUAUUUGAAAGCUGCAGAACCGUCCCUGAUGAAGUCUGAUGUUAUAGCAUCACCAUAUGAAUAUGAAUUAGCAAAACUACGCAUGCAGAAACUACGACUGGAGGAGGAAAAGUUGUUGGAGGUGAAACGUCAGUUGGAGCUGGAAAGAAUCAGAGGGCCGACACCAAAGUGGUAUGAAAUGAAAGGACCACAGUUCCAUUACGAAGCAAAGAAGAAUAAUGAUUUACUACAGAAGAAAGAUGAAUGGAAUAAUUUGUUUGAAUACCGAAAAGAGUUAUUGAGAUCCUCAAGAGAAUUCUCCAAAUCGCAAGAAUACUAA